AUACAAACAAACAGUAGACAAUGUACAAGUAAACAGUUUAAAUGUAAACAAUGCAGACAUGAAGACAAUGGCUGGAGAUGUAAUAACUACAACACCAAGCAAUAAGACAUCUGAGAAGAAUGGCCUACUGAUUUUGAUAAGGCUAAAAACCAAGCUGAUAUACUGUACACUGGACUACGUCAAAAAAUGACUGCUUCAUCUUUUAGUCUUUUUUGCUUUCGGAAUCUGUUUGGUAACACUGGCCAAAGUUUCCAACCUCAACCUUUUAUUUUUGUUUUGUUGUUUGCACAAGGUUGGACCACAAAUGACACAUUUAUGGUUGAACUAUUUUUAGCAUGAGGUACAUCAGAUACAGAACAAACCAAAAAGACUUAGUGUGCUGUUAAGGCUUUCACAGUGCUGAAUCGUCUUUCCAAGCACAUAAUCUGCAGGAUGUUCGCGUGCAACCUUCAUUAUCUGUUGAUUUCUCAAUGUCCUCUUAUUUCAUUUUCCCCAUUGGCUGCAAAUGAUUUUCCACAAACGUGGUUUGCUUGUUUUUUCUUUUACAACUUGACAUCUUCUCUGUCGAGUGAAGACAAGUUCUCACUGCUGAAAUAGUCUUAUCUGAUAUCCUGUUUGGUUCCAAUCAAAGGCUCUCUGUCAAGCACAUCAGAGUCAGCUUGUGUAACUUAGAUUUACAGUAUGUCAAUAGUAUCCCACCAAAUCAGUUUUAAUAAAACGUGAUCCCACCUAAGCAGUCUUACAUAAAUGAAUGUUAUAAGAUGUUUUGCAGGACUUCAGCCAUGAUCAUCCAUGGACUUCAUUGUCCUCCAUGAAAGUUAAAGAACAUUGGAAACAUCCUUGAGAAGCUUGCAGGGCUCUGCAACCUAUUUGCAACAGGAAUUAUUGAUGUCCUUAAAUUCAUUGACUGUUUUUGCUAUUGCUUGUAAUGGCGCAGACCGCUGAUACAGUAUAUUCACUCUCUGUUGUGAAGCCAUCUCCCAUGCCAGCUAGUAUGUUUCUUGUCCAGCUUGUCUGGUAUGACCGCAAGGCAUCACGUAGUGUACAGUAUAUUGGUGAAACCGAAUUCUGUCAGAAUAUUCCAGAGCACAGCGGUGCUAAAAUGAAAAGGGCACAGUAGAUGUUCGCCCUCACAGCUAUGGCCUCGUCUGCCAGUUUAACCUGUCCUUGCUCCUACUGAAUCACCAUCCAGUGCUUGAUGUUACGAAGCACAACUCUGCAUACAGUAUACAGCUGAGGUGGUAGCGAGUCUAUAAAUGAGCUGAGGUUUGCAGAUAAUGUGAUCCUGCUCGGCUGAAAAAUUGGCUGACCUUCAAACACUGACAGAUUAUCAGCAACUAAUGGUCUCUACCUUGAUACACACACGUUACCCAACAUUCAAGCACAAGGAUGCCUACCUCAUGCAUGAUAUACAAACUCCUUCAUCAGAGCUCUACUUUAAUGCCAAUGAAGAACACCAUGAGGAACUAAACAAGGGAAGAAAAAUGAGGGCAAACCAGUGACAUCACUGAACAUCAUAUGGAAAUCCUCAUACAUCAAGAGUGCACACAAAAAGAAAACCCUGAAGUUCACAUGGACAGUGCAUACAACGAAUGAAAAGGCACUGUAAGGUUAGAGGACGAGAUAACUGCUGAAUGUCUUGAAAAUGCUGACACCUUGUCUGCUCAUAUCAUGACUGCUCAUGUGAAUGGGAAGAUGACAGGCUCAAACCUAUGAUACUGCAGUGUUAUACAUGGCUGUUGUAUCUGACCCCCAGAAAGAGGCAAGACCAUCCUGUUUUGACAGUGCAACUAAGACCAAUCUAAACUAACAUUUUAAUAGAGUCUGACUCAAGUCCUGUUACUGGAGUGUAGUCAGGGUCACCAUGACAUUUAUAUCUUCAUGCCUCUGCUUCCAGCUCUGUGGGUCACCAAUUAAUUGUACAGAGUGCACUGAGUUCCUAAUGAGCUGGCUGUAGAUCAAAGCUGUGGCUCUUUUGUUUGUUCCUAAAUAGGGUAUGAUGCUUAUUCAAGUUACUAACUUACAUAUUAGGAAUCAAGACUCCAGAGCUUUUCAGCGCACCAUAGGCUUCCUUUACCAAGAGCUGUGUGUCCUUCUGGAACUGAGAAAAAUCAUUUUUGCAUGUUUUUGGGGCAAUAGACUAAAUAUUUUGCCUUCACACUUCAGCAUGGAUUUGACUGUGAUUGUGAUUGUGCUAUUCUGCAGUUGCAAAAUAAUUACAGAACAAGGUCCUUGUUUAGUCUGUUGCCAAGAAGGGAAAACUGCCCUACCAAAUACUCUAUGCUGCCCCAACAAGCUCUUCUUCUUUGUGAAUUGGAUUUCUGUUCAUUUUACAAAGUUGUUAAAAAAAGGGUGACGCAGACCAACACAAGAUGUGAGUUUCAUGAGAGAGUACAAACCUUUCACUGUCACACAGUAGUGGUAGUUUCCUUUUCAUCACACUAAUGAUUAAGAUAUCUUCAGAAAUAGGGGGGACGAUUCCACUUUUGAUAAGUCAGUUAUUUUUAGUUUUAGCAAACAUCUGCACAACCCCAGCCUAGCGAUCUUUUCCGAAGCAUCUUGUUUACCUUCAGAAAGCUGCCUCCUCUUUGAAAUCCUCACGUCACAAGAUGGAACAGCGUGGCAGCAUGACGUAUUGCAAAGGGCGUGUCCCGUGUGAGACGAUGCACUUGUGUGAUUAAUAAAUUAUUAAAGUUGUUAAUUUUCCUGAAGGAGGAUGUGGAAGAACUAACCAAGUCAUUUAUCAUAAUGAUCAUUCCAGCAAAGAAACCGCCUUUUGUCACAGUGCAAAUGUUUGUGUUUUUUUGGUUCCAUUUGUACUCAUCACGAUUAUUACACACAUCCAUGAUGGUAAUAAUAAAGGGACCUAAAAUAUGUUGGAAUAUUACUGUCAUGUUACGCAUUUAAAAACAUGAGGUAGAUUUAAAAGGUUAGAAGGUUUCCAAAAACCAAUCUGUUAUUAACCUGUUUAAUCUGCCAUGUUUUUCUUCCCCAAGUACAAAUUUAACAGAUUAAAAUAUUUGCCAUAUUUGUUAGUUUUUAAGCACUCAGAUGUGGUUGAUUUGCAAUCGCUAAAGAAAUAUUUUGUUCUCAGAAAUUUGUAUAUUGGUUUGUGUCCUUUUAUUUUAUUUUUGUUAAUUUUCAUUACCUGUUAAAAUCAGUUAACAUUUUGCUCUUGGUUUUUUAAAGACAAUACACCUGAAAAAAAUAAAUGAUUGAAUUAGACCUUUCUGUUAACAUUUUUAAAAGCUUUCUGUGCAACAUUUAAUGUCUUAGUAAGACAAAUUAAAAUAUAAGUCUCCGUAAAGAUAUAAAGACUUAUAAAAGCUUGACCUAGACAUAUUAUGAGGAGGUCUGACCCUUCCCUGAUAGACUAUGUGUUUUGUGUAUAACCACUUCUCUACUCCAAAACAACAGUCUUCUGCAAGAAAGCGUCCUAUGAUCUGGCCACAACUAAAACAAAAAAGACGCAAUGUUUUUGGGUCAAGAUGGAUGACUUGUCCCUGUACGUCUUCAGAGCAGAGUUUUGUGUCAGGGCAUCAGCUCUGUCGUCACAGGAAAUUUGCUGCAAGCUUGAGGCAGCGGCAGUAGACGGGAGAUGUACAAACUAGCCCACAGGUUCCCAUUGUUCUUCAGUGAUUUCACGUCAUUCCACACCUGCACAGCGCUCUUGCAGAGGAAUAACUGAGAGGAGGAGCUCGGCAGUGGCACAGUGCAAGACAACGCGUAGAGGAGACUAGAUCCCAGACUCACACUCGCUCACAAAACACAGCUGGUGCAGCCGUCAGUCGUCGGACCCUUCACCUGGAGCCUUUUGUAACAUCAGUCAGCCACAGAAGCCUCAUGUUCGCAGACGUGAACUAGACAAAUGCUAAACAGCAAGGGAACACAAUGAUGAUCUGCCAGUGAGACUGUUCAACACCAGAGCAUACAGAGCCCACAGCGAAAUGGGGAGUCGUCCCAGCAAAGGCAGGCGAAACUCUUCUCAGCAGGCGAACCUCUCGAAUCAGCAAGAGCCCCCGCAGGCCGCCGCAAGGGACCCCAAUAAAUAUGUGGUGGUAGCUCUCUACAACUAUCCAUCUGGGGGUCCUGGUGACUGCAGUAUUCGGGUUGGGGAGCGCCUCAACAUCCUGUCAGAGGAAGGAGACUGGUGGAGGGUGUCCUCUACAGCCACAGGCAAAGAAAGCUACAUUCCCAGCAAUUACACUGCCAAGGUUUUUCACAGGUGGCUGUUUGAGGGCAUCAGUCGCGAGAAGGCAGAGGAGUUGCUGCUCUUGCCCUACAACCAAGCCGGCUCCUUCAUGAUCCGCGAGAGCCAAAGUCAGAGAGGGGCCUUUGCACUGUCAGUGCGGAGAAGUACCACUAGCUCAUGGGAUUCAGUGAAACACUAUCGCAUCCGACGACUGGAAAAUGGCUGGUUCUACAUCUCCCCCAGACUGACGUUUGCCUCCCUCAUACAGCUCGUGGAUCAUUACUCUGAGUCAGGUGAGGGUCUGUGCUGUAUGCUGAGGGAGCCAUGUUAUAUUCAGGGUUCCAAUAACGUCCCAGUGCUGACCGGACCACCACCCACGGCAGUAAGAAAACCUACCCUGAACUGGAAAGACGUGGACAGGUCCAUGCUGUUUUCGAACGACAAGGAUACCACAGAAGAGUCGCUGGUGAGUGAGGGCCUUCGAGAAGCCAUCAACUCUUACCUCUACAUGACGGAGGAGAUGGGCUGUGUGGACUGCAUCGACAGCUGGAAGACCUGACAAGGGCCGCGGGGCGCGCCGGAGGUCAAGGAAAAGACAUCGGGAGAGUUCGCCAGAGCAAAACCAUGCCCGCAUUGAUUCCUCUCCCCUCGCCCCUGUUGCGUCAGAAGGCUUAAAUAUAUUCCUCCCCGCUGCUGAGUGCAGUCUUAUCCGACAGUGGUGGGAACUGAAAGAAAGAGUGCCGUGCGAUGUGGCUCUGGUCUGCAGGAGGAGGAUUGUAACUCUCCCAGCAUUGCGCACGUACCGGAGAAACACAGCUGCGAGUAAGUUUGGGACCAGGAGAACUCGCAAUGUUUUGCUCAUUUUCUGGAACGUUACGGACACUUUUCCCAAAGGCGAGUCCUUUGAUAAUCCAUGCUGCAGCUCAUAUUUAAUGCUUGUUUGGACACUGGAAACCAGUGAGAAAGCAAAGACCUUUUAAGGAUACUACACAGUAAAUGGGAACACAUGCUGACGAACUCUCCUAUUCACAGAAGAUGUUCCAUGUUCAGGGAGCAUAAAGGCACCACAGCUCUUAAUCUUUGCCACAUGGACCACCCAGAUCACCCCCAGAACCCUUCCAGGUAUUCUUCCAUGUUGUACCACCCUGUGGCUCACUGAAGCAGCUCUUCUUGGUCUCUUUUUCAGUUUACUGCUUUUUAGUGCAGUUUAUUAUACAAGCUUUACAUACAGUUAGAGAACUAAAAUUUGGCAGUCAAACUGCUAACCAUUGGUCUUUUGUUUCUUAAUGAUUGCUUUAUGUGACGUGGGCGAUUUUCCAAAGAUUUUCAGAACAUAACACUGUAUUUUUAAAUUAAUGACUGUGUGUGUGGGGGGGGUGAUAUCACAAUUGGCUAGCGUGAAGACAUUUUCACAAAAUCUUAAGAAGAGCUUAAGAAUCAAACUGUUAUGCCCCAGAGAAAAUGGCUAGUUUAGAAGUAUGCGUAGGUCACUCAAAGGUCUCAUCUCAUAUACACAACAAAAGUUAACCAUGUCAAAUCAUCAGUAAUUUAAAAUGGCAAUUCUGAACAAUAAGCACAUACAUAAGCAGACCAAAGAAAACUUUCCGAUAAUUUGUUGGUAACAAGGUAAUGAAAGUAUCCAUUGAGUACAUUCAAGUUGUUAGAUGUAAGUGUUAUUUGUUUGUUAAUUCUUAAAAUUUAGUCAUAAGACACAGGCUCACUGGGUACAGGAAAUGGAUCUGUUAUAAACAGUGAAUGGAAAGUGUGGUGUCAAUUCUGUGUAUUAAGACAUUGUUGUAACCAGCAGAGACAUCAGUUCAUGAAAACAGAGUGGUGCAAGGAAAAAAAUUCAGAAGCAUCAAAGAUUAUAUGAUUUUUUUGCAAACUAAUCCACUGGUUAAAAAGAAAAAAAAAAGAUUUCUGUACUGAUUUUUGUUAGUGUUCAACUGUUACCUUCAAAACUCCCAAAGCAGAAAGUUAUUUUCAUAUAUGAAAAUAAAAACUGACAGUUAUUAAGCAAGAAGGAUUGCUUAAUGAAAUGAAGUGGAGUAAAUGGUAAUAAUCUAGGUUAAUACAGCCACCUUACCUUGCAGGUAUCUUUAGGUGUUUUAAUCUAGAAGUUCCAAAUAUGUUUUGGAAUUCAGUGUCUAUCAAAACCUUCAAAGUGCUAUUUUUUUAACAAUGGGAAAUGUUUCAGAUGAUAUUAAUACAUUCCACAAAUUGGACAGUUCAGUUGUCUUGAUCUUCUAUGUUUGUUUCUAUGUGUACCUGUAUUACAAUGCAGCUUGUUAAUUAAUCAAGAAUAAAUUAUUUAUGUUUAAUUUA